GCAAGUCCACCACACCACAGAGCUCGUCAAUCUGCUCUUGCUACGCGUAAUUCUGCUAAAUCAGCUAUCCCUAUCACAAACCCGAAUCUCAAGAACCUCGCUGCCGUGAAGGAAAAUGGACACGCGCGUGAUGAUUCUUUGACAUCGAUGGUCACCGAUUCUUCUGGUCAACAAGAGUCUGGAGAUAGCGAACAUCCCUCUUCGAAAAAUGCUCCAAUCGCCCCGAUUCAGCGUCCCACCGUCCCACGCAAGCCAGAGGGCAGUUGGAAUAUAUUGGAUAUGGGCGGCAUGUCCAUAAAGCACCUUUCUCGAGGACUUUUCAACUUCACCUUCCUUACUACCCUUUAUUUGAAUCACAAUCAAUUAACUACCCUCCCGCAAGAAAUUUCCCGGCUGAGAAGUCUCAUUCACCUAGAUUUAACUGGCAACCAGCUGUCAACCGUCCCUCCAGCACUCGGAAUGCUCACCAACCUACGAGAGCUGUUUUUGUUCGACAACAAUCUCACCACACUUCCCUAUCAACUAGGUAGCCUUCAUCAACUCGAAAUGCUCGGCAUCGAAGGGAAUAUGAAGAUGGACGAGAAGAUGCGAUCCAUCGCAAUAAACGAAGGCACAGCCGGUCUUAUUGCAUAUCUUCGUGACAACUUCAUGCCCACAGAAGAGCCACGACCUCGACAAUGGAUACAGGUGGCGUCUGACGUCGAGCGAAAACCUUUAUCCGCCGAGUCCAAUGCGAUCCCCCUCAGC